CAAAGAUCUCACUCCUGGGCGUUAGAUGGCGCUGUUCAAUAUCGGUAACAGGAAGCGUAGAAGAUUACGCUGACCUCCUCGGCUUCCAUACCUCACUAAAGCGUAUGUUGGCGUCUUAGCUCAAAUACAAACCAACAAAUUGCAAUCAAUGUGGCGCUGCUGGAGGGGAAACGUUGAAGACGACCGCCGCCUUCUCGGCUUCCGUACCUUAUGAAAGCUAACCUAGCUCCCUGCUGGCUGCUGACAUUGAGCACACUUAACUAAGUCCGGACUCUUUUACACAAAUUAAACAGAGGCCGUCGCCAUGGUAACGGCCAAGCGCCUCGCCGACAUCGGCUACCGGGCCUUUUCGGGCUCCAUGAUGCUGCUGACCCUCUACGGCGGCUACCUGUGCGCCGUGCGCGGCUACCGCUUCAUGCAGAAGCAGAAGCGGCUCCAGCUGGCCGCCGAAAACCAGGACCCGGAAGUCAUUAAGGACUGACGGCCCGGACUACUGUGGCCCCGCCCCCUCUAUUUCCUGCAGGACAUUGGGAUGCAAUGCAGUUGUUUGUACCAUUUAAGGUGUGUAACGGCACAGCAGCUUUCAACAGGGAAAUAUAUGUACAUGUACAUGUAUAUGUAUAUGUACAUGUAUAUGUAUAUGUACAUGUAUAUGUACAUGUAUGUGCCCGACACCUGUACAGGUAGCCACUAAGUCAUCCAACAAUAAUAAUAAUAAUAAAAAAUCACGAAACACGC